UUCACCUGCUCCCCGGUAAGACGUCAGUAGAAGAAGUCAGCUCACAGACGUCCAGUCAGCGUCAAAAAUGUCUCAUUGAGCUUAGCUUCACGGCUCAAAGCCCCGUGUUGCUUUUUGGUUUUAUUUUUCUUUGGUUUGGUUUUGGUGUCCUGGCUUUUGUCCUCCAUGGAGACCAAGAGUUUGCCAUGAAACUCCGGGUGCAGAAUGACAGGACUUCCAGAGGAAAAGUGAAACUCCGAGAGUCCUCCACGGUAAUGCAGCCUUCCUCCAUUGACGGAGGGGGUCAGACAGGACACGGUUUAUCCCUAACUUUGCAGCCAGAGCUGCUCACCAGGACUCCAGGCACCUCUGCUGCCACAACCGCCAUUCCCGACAAGUCCUUGGACGAAGUGCACGUUUCCAUGACUGGAGGGGAGUCUGGAGGAGGCGCGUCAUCCAGGAGAUCCCGGGUCCACUCCCAGAGCCACUCGCAUUCACACUCACAUGGACACGAUCAGGGUCUGCCCCGCUCCAGCUCAGACCAUGAUCUUGAUGCUCCAGACUCAGAUCCGGACUCCGGAGAGCCCAGCAGCUCCCUGUCUGAACUCCGCUGUCUGUUUCGCUGGAUUCAAAGAAGUCUUCCUUUCCUGGUCAUACUGUGUGCUAAACUAGUCAUCCAGCAUGUUUUAGGGUUAACAGUUGGGGUUGGCCUCUUUACAACGUUUUUAUAUGUCAAUAAAAAUAUUCAAAUUCAAGUAUUUCUUCAGGGUCGUCAUUCAAAGCUGCAGUGUUUGUGGCUGAUCGUCUUCCUGUCCUCCUCCACUCUCUUGCUUUACUACACCUUUCUCCCAGAGAAACUUUACCAAUGCCUGAUCCUUCUGAACCCAGCUGUCCACCCACUGGGUUUCUGGGAGGUUCUUUGGGUGGUCGGCAUCACCAACUUCAUCAUAAAGUUCAUCUUUAUGGGGAUUAAGUGCCUAAUCUUGCUGCUGCCCUGCUCCGUGGUGACCCACAGCACUCAGGCGCGGGGGCUGAUGUUGUCUGAGGAGCUGAGUCAAGUUCACCAGGCUGUGGCUCCGGUUCCUCUGUGGUUCCGCUACCUGGUCACCAUUCAAGAGACUGACGGUCCUGCUGGGCUCACACUGGGGAUCCUGCUGGCUUUGGUCUACCUCAUUUUGAAACUUUUAGGACUGUACAGCCAGUGGACGUCUGUAUUAAAAACUGUGAGGAUUUUUCUGUCGGGUGAGGAUACAGGGACUCCAGCAACCAGGAGUCAGUGCAGCGAGGCUGGAAAUGUUUGCCCCAUCUGUCAGGGAGAGUUCAGAGGUCCACAGGCUCUGCUCUGCCAGCACAUCUUCUGUGCCGAAUGCAUCACCCUGUGGUUUAACCGGGAGAAGAGCUGCCCCCUCUGCCGCACAGUCAUCACAGAGAAGGUCUUCAAGUGGAGGGACGGUGCCACGUCUCCACACCUGCAGAUUUAUUAAAGCAUUAGAGCACAAGUCCUGAUGAUGUUACGGCAGGUACACUGUUUAGGUGGUAAUCUUAAGGGCUGGGUCCUCUGAGGGCCAAACCGUAGGAUCCCACAUUUUGCACAAAAUAUUUUCUUAAUUUACUUCUAUCUCCAAGUACUUUGUUUUUCUGAUGUCAACCGUCAUGUUUUAGUUUCAUUAGCAUCACAAUGUUGGGAAGGGCCAUUGUUGUGUCGUCUCUUUGUUUUUUUGGAGUUGUAAGAGUAUAAUAGAAUCACAAGUAUUUUAAAAAGAUUUUUUCCUGUAAUGCACCUGAACAAGUCCUGUCCUAUCCAGUGUUUUUUUCUAUGGACUCCUCUUGAUUUUUCUUUGGUGGGGGGGUAUAUACUUUUGCAUUUAUGCAUAAAAGCAGGAGCCUUGCAACGUCCCGGCUUCAAAUGAUCAUAUGACCGUGAUGCUCCAGUUGGGGGUGGGGCACUUUACAUUUGUCAAGACUGAUGGGGAAAAAACAGUAACUUGUGAUUGACGCUCAAAUUAUUUUUUUAUUCAGAUUGAGCUUUAAUCCUGUUUGUGUAAGAACCAAAGACUGGGAUCUAUUUUCUGGAGAUUUCACUUUUAUUCAUAAAUUUUCUGAAUAAAGAUUUACAGUUUCAAUUA